CACUCCAUUUCCCACUCCAUUUUCUCAAUUUUGGAGUAAAAUAUGAAGUGGGGUUGGAGAUGCUCUUAGUGAAUAUCAAAUUGACUAAUAUCCCGCCCGUAGGGCGGGCCGACCCUAGUACUAUAUAUGUUCUUUUCCAAGGCUGUAAAAUCUAGUGAUUAAGACUACAAACCGUCUCUUCCACUUUACUUCACUAUGUCUUUCCAGUUUCACUAUGUCGUUCCAGUUUCCUCUUCUCUAGUCGUUAUAAAAGACAUGAUCUGUUUCUUCCUCUCACACUCGUGACUCGUCCUGAAUAGAUUUCGAGUUCUUUUGAUACCGACGUUAAAUUUCUAAUAGUUAUGUCUUACGUUCCUCCACAUAAACGACAUGAAAACGUAGCACUCAGGGCAUCCUCUGUUCCACCUUCUCUUCUUACAAAACACAAAAAUACAAAGAUAAUCUACGCAAACGAUUUCAUCUCCAGGUGGUUUCUCGUUGGUUCAGAGGACAACAACAGCUUUCAACUUGUCCCCGUUUCUUCAGAAUGGAGAAGAGAGUCAGAAGACAAACCGUUGGUAAUGUUAGCGAAGAGCGAGUCCGGAAAACUGGAAGAUCCAUGGCUAUGGGUAGCAGAGAAGGUAGAGAAUGAUCUUAUGUUGGGAUUUGGUAGGGCAAAGGAGACGCUCCUACGUUAUGCAUCAGAUGAUGUCAACCUCAGAUUGAUCACUAGGUUUGACACUUUACGAGAUGAUAACGUAACUAAAAGGGUGCUGGAAAAACUCAAGAGAUCAUUUCGUACAAAUGUUCCAAAGUCAUAUGUCGAGAACACUGUGUAUGGAGUGGUUCCUAAGAUGGGAUUCUCUGUUGAAGAGACCAAGGAGUUGUAUCAUGUGAAGGUGUUUGACAACACUCGUCCUGAUAUAACCAUCUCUUGUAAAUGUAUGGCGGAGCUUAAUGCUCUGAGGCACUUGAUUAUCGAUGUAUCCUGCCUUGACCAAGAUCUUGACAUGAGGCUAUCGGUUGAUUCAAAAAGGACAUUGACCAAUCUAUCAGAGAAUGAGAUCAAAAGUCUCAAAGAACUGACAGUUUCAGCAGUGAUAGAUCCAAAUGUUAAAGGUGGGUUAAAAUGGCCUCUUGGGAAAUUAUCAUGUGGUGAUCGUUACAGCGUUUGCGGCGUAUGGCAUACCGUCACAACUACAUACAGAAACCAGACAUUGAGGCUUCAAGUCCGAGAGGCUGAUCGGUAUGAUUUUAGAACUGGAAUUGGAGGAGCGUCAAGGGAAGUUUUUCUCAAGUUAAGAGCCUUAAGCAAACUACUCAAGGAGGAAAAUGUGGAGGGGAAAUGUGUUUCAGACAUGCUGAAAGAUUGUCUGAAAACAGUGUGGGACUACUUUUUGAAGAUACAAGUGUAGUAGUCACUGUGUUUUCUUGUGUGUUUGCAUGUUUUUGUCACUUUACUCCAAACUUUGCUGCUUUUACUGAUUUUGGCUCAUCAUAAUUUGUGGCAUUGUCCACAGUAUCUUUUGGAUUGGAAAACGUAUUUGAUUAAUAAAGUUGUUAUUGUUUAGUUUUUCAACUUUGUUUGCUUGUACCAUUCUCUUGCUGUAUCUCCAAUUCUCUUGUACACUAUUUUAGUGUUAAAAUUACACUAUGUUAGUGUAGUUUCAGCACUAAAAAAAUUAUUCCUCCAACCACAACACCAAACUUCACAAUAAAAGCUAUUUAUAAUAGAGAUCCCUUUAUAAUAUUAUAUGUAUUUAUGUUUUUGAUUUUCAUUUAGUUUACUAAUAAAAUAAAUAAAUAGUGUUUUAGUGGGGUGAAUAGUAUUUUAGUGUAGUAAAUAAUAUCAAAAUUAUAGUGUUGCACUAAAAUGAUGCGAUUUUUUUAUGUUGGGUUAGAAAAAGCUUUUAUGUCCAAAUCACAUUAAAAUAGAGUUUUAGUAUUAGGUUGGAGAUGAUCUUAUAAGGGCAUCUCCAACCAUGACAUCAAAUUAAGUGUUGAAAUUACACCAAAUUUGAUGUUUUGGUGUCAUCUUUUUGUCAUCUCCAACCAUGACACCAAAUAUUACACUAAAAAUAAUAUAUAUAUAUAUAUAUAUAUUAUUUUAUAUUUUUCAGUUUUAAUAAUUUAUUAUUUAUAAUUGAUAAAUAAUUAUUUAUCAAACUUAGAUAUUAUCUUUGUUAAAAAAUUAUAAUUUUUACGUUUAUAUAAUUUAUUUAUAUUUAUAUUUUUGGUUUAACAAUAUUAUACUUUAUGUAUUUAUUGUAUAUAAAUAUUAAAAAUUACAAACUAUUAAUUAUGAAAAGUACAUAACAAAAUAAUAUAUUUAUUUUAUGUUUUGAGUGUUUAUUUCAAAUUUAAUAUGCAAUUUAAUCUUAUCCAGCCUAUGUUAUUAAUUUUUUUAUGUUUUAUAAAAUACUAAUUAAAAAUUUAUAGUAUUAAAAAUAAAAUAUAGAGUUCUAUGAUAUUUUAUUUUUAAUAAUAUAAAAUAUUACCAUUUAGUGAUUUCUUACUUAACAUAAAA